AUGCCGCCUGUCACCAACGGUCAGUUCUCCUUCAAUGUCGACACAUUCUAUGUCGCCGCGUCCGGAGGACAAAUUCACCGCCGUGCAGCGCCAGCUGAGAUAAAAGCUCUUUACGAUACCUCAAUCACAGACAAGAGCACACCCGACCACCCAGGCCAUUGGUAUGAAGCACAGCUCCUUCACUAUGGCCUCCCACCGUCAAAAGUCAAGGCGACUGCUAAGAUGAGGCUCCUGAAAGCCGUGCAAGACGGCGGCUUGAGUGUCCCCAAGGAAACGCAGGCUACUACCAAGGUUACAACGACGAAGACUGUUACCACCAAGACAAUUACAGUUUCCAAGACUGUUGCGUCCAAAUCCACAGAAAGCAAGACUACUGUAUCCAAAGCCGCGGCUAAACCCACGGCUGUUAAACCUGCGACUAUCAAAGCUGCUACGUCAAAGCCUGCUCUUCCCAAGAAGGAGACCGCGCCCAGGACUGUUGCUCCCAAGACCACUGCCCCAAAGGCCACUGCAGCUAAAUCUGCUGCGGUCAAAGCUGCCACAACCAAGGCUACCCCCAAAGCCGCAGCAAAACCUGCUGCGAUUAAGGCUGCUGUUAAACCUGCCGAUGUUAAAAUUGCAGCUGCCAAGUCUGCUACGCCUAAGGCUGCCCCGAAGAAGGCUACAGCUGCCAAAGCUGCUGCCCCCAAAGCCACGACAGCCAAAAGUGCUACACCUCAAACUAUUGCAGCUAAGAGGAAGAGGGCGUCGAAUGACGACGAGACGCCCAAUAAACCACAGGCUGCGAAACGCCGCGUGUAUGCCAAAAAGACACAAGACAGCACGAAUGUGCCCACGGACAGCCACCCCGAGACCAGCAGAUUGUCUGAGCAGCCUGAGUACCAGGAUGCACCUCCCUCGUACGAAUUCGCCUGCAGGAUGGAUGGAGAACAUCCUUACAAUGCUUUAGGUGACCUGAUGGAUAUUGACGACGUGAGCGAAGAUCCUGGCCAUUCUAGCGAGUCUGAGGCAUACCCUUCAUCUCCACCCCGAACUCUGAAAAACCCCCUGGGGCUACUCAACGGGACGUACAAGAUUUGGGGGAAAUACGAGUUUGGGGCGUUUAAAGGCGUACUGUGGAUGCCAGAACGACCUAUGAAGCCCUCCUUUGACAGAUUUGUAUUCAAGUGGCGUGGACGGGAGACCGGUGAGGGUGAAAUGAGCUUCGGAGAUGACCAGGAAGGUUGGAUUGAGUUUUUGGGUGAUGGUGAUAUUGUUGGGAUGAUCAACUGCUGUGGAGACCUCCAUUUCCGAGGCCAGCGGAUCGAUGGCUAUGUCCAGACUGCUAGUGAGCUGCGUGACGAAUGGGAUGGCUACAACGAAGAAGAGUAUGGACGAGAGAACAGGGCCAGGUGGGGUGGUUGGGGUUGGUAA